CUGCCAACUCGGAGUGAGGGCAGGGAGCAGAUAGGGGAACACGCCGCCGCUGCUGCCAGCACCUUGGGAGUCGUUAACCCUCUCGGCGCCUCCUCUCAUCUCUGUGUGGGAAAGAGUGCAACUAGACAUUGUCUAAGCUUUUGGACCAGCUGCAUUGGUGUCAGCUGGGAGCUUCUUAGAGGUGCAGAAUCUCAGGACCCAGCUCAGACCUAUGGGAUCAGGACCCAUGUUUUCACCCGGUCCCUCAUGUGGUUUGUAUGCACGCUGUCCUUUGAGAAGCUUCUAUCAGGGCUCCCUUCUCUUACCUUCUGCCCUUUCCCUGGCCUCUGGCUGGGGCAGCCAUUCACCAGCAGAGGGCGUUGUAGGGAGGGGUUCACCUGUACCCAGGUUUUCUCUUUCUCUGUCCCCUCCCUUCCAGCCCCAGACUGGUGAGUCCACUGACUUCUGGGAUCCUCAGCUACUCCCCUGCCUUGGUUGGACUUUGCCAAUAGAGAGAGACAGACUCCCCCACCCCUCUUUAGGGUGCUGGGAGGCAGGUCAUUGCCAGGAAGCUCCGGGCCACUCCUGCCCGGAUUCCCCGCCCACCUCCACUUGUCUGGCUGACCUCUCUGUUUCUCAGAGAAGGAACUGCUGUUCCUGGACAAGCCGGCAGCCUCUGGGAGCACCUACACGGUCCUUGUCCUUGGCUAGCCCAGGGGUGCAGGGAAGCUGGCAGCAUCGAGUGACCAGGCGGAUGUGCUCCCAUGAGAGUUCCUUCCCACCCGCCCAGUUCCUACUGCUGGUGGGGGUCCCCGUGGCAAGUGCCGUCCUUCUGGUCCAGUGCCUUCGAUGGCACUAUCCUCGCCGGCUGCUGGGGGCCUGCUGGAAGCUGGAUGGCCAAGAGGAGCCAGCGGCCCCCCCCACUCCCCUACCAGAAAAUGAGUCCUCAAGGCAGUGCCCACCGGCCACACUGCCGGAGAUGGCCGCCUUCUACCAGGAACUGCACACACCCACUCAAGGCCAGACCAUCGUCCGUCAGCUGAUGCACAAGCUGCUGGUAUUUUCGGCCCGAGAGGUGGAUCACCGAGGUGGCUGCCUGAUGCUCCAGGAUAUGGGCAUCUCUCUGCUCAUCCCACCAGGAGCUGUGGCUGUGGGCCGCCAGGAGCGGGUGUCACUGAUCCUGGUGUGGGACUUGUUGGACGCCCCAUCACUGUCCCAAGCCCAGGGACUGGUGAGCCCUGUGGUGGCAUGUGGCCCCCAUGGGGCCUCGUUCCUGAAGCCCUGCACCCUCACAUUCAAGCACUGUGCCCAGGAGCCCAGCCAUGCCCGUACGUACAGCAGCAACACAGCCCUGCUUGAUGCCAAGGCCUGGAGGCCCCUGGGGAGGCCUGGGACCCACACCUCCCGGGAUGAGUGUCGCAUCCAGCUCUCCCACUUCAGCCUCUACACCUGUGUGCUGGAGGCACCUGCGGGCCGGGAAGCCCGCAAAUGGCUGCAGCUGGCUGUGUUCUGCUCGCCGCUGGCGCCGGGGCAGUCCCACCUGCAGCUGCGCAUCUACUUUCUCAACAACACCCCCUGCGCCCUGCGGUGGGCCGUGGCCAAUGAGCAGCCCCAUGGUGGGCGCCUGCGUGGGCCCUGCCAGCUCUUUGACUUCACCGGGGCCCGAGGGGACCAGUGCCUGAAGCUCAAGUACAUCUCUGAGGGUUGGGAGAAUGUGGACGAGAGCAGUUGCCAGCUGGUUCCCCAUCUUCACAUCUGGCAUGGAAAGUGCCCCUUCCGCUCCUUCUGCUUCCGGAGAAAAGCAGCCAAUGAGAGCGAAGACUGCUCGGCACUUACCAAUGAGAUCAUUGUCACCAUGCACACCUUCCAGGAUGGCUUGGAGACCAAGUACAUGGAAAUCCUCAGAUUCCAGGCAUCAGAGGAAGAAUCCUGGGCAGCACCUCCCCCUGUCUCUCAACCACCCCCAUGCAACAGGCUGCCUCCAGAGCUCUUUGAGCAACUGCAGAUGUUGUUGGAACCGAACAGCAUCACGGGCAAUGACUGGCGUCGGCUGGCCUCCCAUCUGGGGCUCUGCGGCAUGAAAAUCCGGUACCUGUCCUGCCAGCGCAGCCCCGCCGCGGCCAUCCUGGAGCUGUUCGAGGAGCAGAACGGCAGCCUGCAGGAGCUGCAGUACCUCAUGACCGUCAUGGAGCGGUUGGACUGCGCCUCGGCCAUCCAGAGCUACCUAAACGGGGCUCACAGCGGCAGCCCGGCGCCGGUCCGCGGGGGGGCCCAGGAGAACGAGGGCCUGGAGCUGGACGAGAAGCUCUGAGCACCCCCUCCAGGGGCGGGGCGGGGCGCCCUGUCCGCAGCACUCUGGGCACGGCCCCCCAACACCCUCCCCGCCCGACACCGAGGAAGAAAGCAGCAGGUGCUCCUGGCUGUGCCCAUCGAUCUUAUCAGAACCCUUUGACGGUGCCUGCGGCCACCGUGAAGCCGGGGUGCCAUGGCCAGCCUCCCCGGGGUCGGGAUCACAAUUGCGACCCACUUGGUCCUGUGAACAGGUCCCAUCCUGGCCGGCAGGGGGCGCAGGAGCCCAGGAGAUGGCCUGGCAUGGCCAGCCUCCGGGAGGCUCUUUCCUAGACCAGUGGACUGUGAGGCUGCCCUGUUGGCACUCCUUGGGGAUUGGCCUUCACAGGGAUUCAUUGAGUGCUUCAUGAUACUCAGCUUCGGACUGGGUAUCACGGGGAAUCCUGGGAUAGAGAAGUUGGAACCGGGAGCUUGACAAACCCGCAGUUCUCUUGUGGGAGUCAAGAUGCGCUCAUGGGCUGACGGUCAACUCCAAAACAGCAGUGCCCUGUGGUUAGGGCACGUGGGCGUGGGAUGAACAGAUGUCCUUUAGGAGCUGAGAGGGGAGGCAGCGGAGUGUGGGCUGGAGCAGUGAGAAGGCUUCAUGGAGGUUGUUAGAGAGAGGGUAGGGACAUGUAAAGAGGGGUUCGGCCAUCUUUGGGUGGGGGAGUAAAGGAUGGCAGCUGGACUUACAGGAGGAGGCAAGAGUAAGCAUAGGUGCUGAAGCGUUAAGGAGCUCAGCCUGGUGGGUGUGAGGGGAGGGGAGGACCAGGGUUCAAGGUCAGUCAUGCUUGGCUGCCCACCUGUCUCCUUUGUCUUCCUUUGACUCUGUCUUCCCAUCCUUGCCUUGUCUUCCUCUUUCUGCUAUUAUCUCCAUCAUAAAUCAUCAAAAUGGAAAAGAAACUUCAAGAUUAACAUUCAUACCCAACUUUUUACCUCUUUAUCUGGAACUGUGUGAGUUUUCAGUCUUUCUGACUUCUUUUUCUGCCACCAUUUCCUGAAGCCUCUGCUCCCCCGAAUCUGUCUAUUACUCUCUGUCUUAGCAUCUUCCCACCUCUACUGAGUCACUGUGCCUGCCUUUGAGGGUUUCCUUUACUCUCUGAAACCUUCAGUCAUUCCCCUCAGGCAAAUGUCUCUAAUCCAAUGUUUUGUAUCAAAGGCAAUGAAAGACACUGGGCUACCCUAUGAAUGGGGGUGGGGUGGAUUUUAACUCAUGAAUCAAGAUCCAGUUUAGGGUCAGGAAAUAAACAGUGGGUAUUAAAGAACACGCCAUUCAGUCAAUGAAUAUUUAUUCACCCUCUACUAUGUGUUAGACUCUGUAUAGAAAAGAGAUUAGUGGACUUGGUCCUGGAAAGAGAAUAAAGGAUUUGACUCAGUUUUAGCAAUACUUUUGUUUGCAAACAGGUGUUGUUAAUUUUUUUUAAGGGCAGGCAAACAAUCUCUGGCAACACUAACACUUUGCUUUUGUAUUUAAUUAAAAGAUAUGAAAGCUUUUUCUAUA